AAAAAAAUAUCGGCAACCGAAGAGGGGGGCGAAUUGGGUCAUAACUCAUAACAGGUUAUACAGGGCGCCUGCCUAUUCAAUUACAUUGCAACGAAGAGCAUGAGCAACGAUAAACAGUUCGAAUUGUGCGUAGUUUGCAAGCUGAAUCAUAAUCAAGGCCGCCGCCAUAAUUUCCUCCCUAACCACAAAAAAUCGCUUGCCGCAGCUCUCUCCCGCUUCCAAUCGAAGCUUUCCGAUAUUCGAUUCUUCAUCAAAAACCCUAUCCCUCUCCGCCCUGAGCAUGCCUCGCUCAAUCGCCUUUGGUGUGUCUUCUGCGAGUGUGAUAUUCUUGAACUCGACAGCUUCUUCGCUAGCGACAAUGCAAUUAGGCAUUUGGCUAGUGCGGAUCAUAUGAAGAAAGUGAAAGGAUUUUUGUGGAAAUAUGGUGGUGGAAUGGACAAGGUUGAUAACUUGAGGAUGACUGAGGCUGACUUUGCCAAGUGGGAGAAGAAGUGCAAUCUAUUGAAGAAGGGAGCUCUUGAUGGAGGAUCUCGUGCAACAUUAAUUGGACCCUCGAAUGAUAUCCAAAAUAAAAUGAACUCUGACUAUCUAAAUUGUUUUGACAAAGAUAAUAUUCAUGCUCUUAACGCUGAUGUUUCAAAUAGUGUUGUACCUUUACGAAAUUAUACGAAUGAGAGAUUUCAGAUAUCUGAAAACGAAAUGCGUAGUGUUACAAAUGGCCCUAAUUUGCCUGGUACGUGCAUGGGCGGAAAGUUCGGUGAAGAUGCUUGUUCCUCCAAUGGCGUGACAAAUGGCCAAAAUUGCUCGAGGUUUCGUGCCGCAACAACUUCUCACCAAUGUCUUCAUGGUGGUUCUGUAACCCCGGAUGGGAGAAUGAUGAAGGGAAAGAAAAGUUCUCUGGGUCCUCCAAACAUUACACAGAUAUCUUUAACAUUUCAAGAAGAUUCCCUUGGCAAUGUUCAUUCUGGAGCACCUCCCCCAUGGUUCAAUGAGACUGAGAAAAGUCAGUUAGAUUUUAUAUCAAAUCUUGGAGGGAGUGACCUUCCCCCUCCCAAUAAGAAGAAGUCGAAAUUAAACCCGAAUCGGGUUGGUGCUGCUUGGGCAGAGAGAAGAAAAGCUGAGAUGGAGUUGGAGAGUAAAGGGGAGCUUGUGACUAACAAUUACGAUGUGAAUUGGCUCCCCAAUUUUGGCAGAGUUUGGCAAUCAGGUACUAGGAAGGAAUCCAGAAAAGAAUUUCAGGUGGAGAAUAACAAAUCUGCUAAGGUUGAAAGCCAGUCCCAGAGUAUGGUGCAGUUACAGCCUUAUAUCAGCAAGCGAAAGCGCAAAGAUCCUGUUGACAAUGUGCUUGGCUGACGUAACAACCUCCGUACAGUGACCAAAUUUUAGAAAUGCAUGUGUACAUUCUUCUUGAUUUGCUCUCCCUAGCCAAACUGUCAUAUUUGUUACUUUUUAGGUUUCCCCUUUGGUAUGGGUGGGACAACUAGAUUGUGGUAAGCAUCCAUGUUCAAGUUACUAGAAACUGUAAAUUGUUUGUUAUGUUAAUAUAGCUAAGGAGGUCUUGGUUCUUUUUGUAGUGGUUAUGCAAAAAAGGUUGGGCACAGGUUGCCUAUGCACAUUCUGUUUCUUGUAGUAGUGCCUUUAAUAGGCUAAAAACUCCACUUUUAUUCAUAUUUGCUUGAAGUUUUUUUUUUUAUUA